AUGCCUUCAGGAGCACGUCUAAUAACCCCAUUGGAAGCGCUGCCCUAUCGGGUCGGCAGCGCUCGAUACGUUUGCUCCACCUGCAGACGCCAAUUCAUCCCGCGCUGCACCUCUCAGCCGAUAAUACACCACCAAACUCGUCGUCACAAUUCUUCUGACAGCAACAAUGUACCGUUUAGCGAAAAGGUUCGACGAAGGAUUUGGGGAACCGAGAAUCCUCCAGGGCUGAAGGAUCCUUAUGGUGGAGAGAGCUUUCUGGAGAAAAGAGCUCGCGAGCAGCGCGAGGCAAAAGCGCCGCAGCCAGAGCUAGAGCCAGAAUAUGUCCCGGAAGCAGAAACUGCAUCCGUUGCUGAAGUGUCCGCGACCGAGGCUGGAGAGUACGUUCCCGCAACGACGUGGGACGGCUUAGAACACGUUGGAUCGUCCGGACAGUGGUGGGAACAAUCUCCAACACCCGCCGACUCUUUUGUUGCAUUCAUGCACAAAGGUCAACUUACCACCCGCGACGAGAUUCUUACAGCCCUCCAUCAGACUGUCGUGGAACUAUGCAUCAUGAAGGAGCUUAACAAGCCGUUCGAGCGCGUUUGCGAAAUUUGGGAGCAUGAGGACCGGUUACUCGCACUUAUCAAUCGCGUCGAAGUCAAAGCAGCCAGCCAGCCUGGAAUCGAUGCUCUCGUUUUCCCUAGCGAGACUGCAAAAGCGGCGUUACUGGAGUUCUUUCGCGAUUUUGACCUUGAACAAGAGUUCGACAAUGCCGAGAAUCUUGACGAAUCUGAGGGUCCUAGCUCGGUUUCCGAGUCCCACGAGCCGAGCAAACUAGCAGAGCUUAACAAUACCGAUUUGGAAAUCCGCACGCCCGAAAAUUUGGAUUUCUUGUCCCUGCCACUCGAAGACCGAGAAUUCCAGUUUGCUUUCCUCAAGCGCGCUAGCCAGCUCACUGGACAUCGUAUUCCCGAUCCGGAACUUCUAUCUAUUACUAAAGUAUCCCGCCUGCUGGCAUUGUUUACCGCAGCAUCUAAACCGAAGCCAGCUAAGUUGGCCGAUAUUCUCAUUGCGGAAGGGAAAUUUGCGGCUCUUCCAAACGUGAAGAUCUUUGAUAGGAGACAGACCCCAAUUGACCAUGAGAAGGAAGUUGGUCGAUGGAAGAUCAUCGAGGAAGAGCUUACUAAGAGAGGUCUGCCUGUUACUGGACGGGUUAGCACAUGA